CCUGUUCAAACACACGUGGAUCUCUGUGACGCCAGGCGCUAACAACAAUAACAUGGCAUGCAACAGGCUAUCCUACGACGGCUGCAACUUCCUCCGACAGCGGCUGGUUUUAUCCACGCUGAGUGGGAAAUCUGUUAAGAUAAGCAAAAUACGGUGUCGAGAGGACGAGCCGGGGCUGCGCGAUUUUGAAGCAAGCUUCAUCAGACUCCUCGAUAAAGUCACCAAUGGCUCCAGAAUAGAGAUCAACCAAACAGGUACUACGGUGUUUUACCAGCCCGGGUUGUUGUAUGGAGGCUCUGUAGAACAUGACUGCAACCCGCAGCGCUCCGUAGGAUACUAUCUGGAGGCUCUGCUCAUGCUGGCUCCUUUCAUGAAGACGUCUCUAAAGGCAACUCUCAGGGGAGUUACUAAUGACCCCACUGACCCCACGGUUGACUUGUUAAAGUCCACAGCCCUCCCUCUGAUGAAGAGAUUUGGGAUUGAUGGUGAGGGGUUUGAACUUAAGGUGGUGAAGAGAGGGAUGGCACCUGGUGGGGGAGGAGAAGUGGUUUUCACAUGCCCUGUACACAGAACCAUAAAGCCAGUCCAACUGACAGAGCCUGGCAAGAUCAAGAGGAUCAGAGGAAUGGCAUAUUCUGUGCGAGUAUCUCCUCAGAUGGGCAACAUGAUUGUUGAGGCUGCCAGGAGUGUCCUCAACCAGUUCAUCCCCGACAUUUACAUCUAUACAGACCACAUGAAAGGACUCAACUCUGGCAAGUCUCCAGGGUUCGGUCUGACAUUGGUGGCAGAAACACUGAACGGCUGCUUCCUCAGUGCAGAAAUGUCAUCCACGCCACAGGGACAGGGAGAGCCCAUAUUACCAGGGACCCUUGGCAAAAAUUGUGCCAAACUACUUUUGGAAGAAGUGUAUAGGGGUGGCUGUGUGGAUUCAACCAAUCAGAGCCUGGCGCUGCUCCUGAUGACCCUUGGCCAACAGGAUGUGUCAAAGGUUCUGCUCGGACCCCUUUCACCAUACACGACUGCAUUCCUCAGACACAUCAGAGAUGCCUUCCAAGUUAUGUUCAACAUUGAGAUCCAGAAGCCUUUAGAAGAUGAGAGGAAGGGUGGAGACAAAAUACUGAUGACCUGUGUUGGAGUUGGAUACAGCAAUAUUAACAAAACUAUUAAAUAAAAUAUUUUUAUAUCAA